AGAAUUCAAGGGCUCAAGCAUGAUGAAGGAAUGCGGUAAGAGCAGAGCAUGGCCGUGGUUCACACGACUACUGCCUUUGUGAAUGCCAUCAAGGAGUCGGCAAACAUAUUGAAGAAAAAUUUGGCAGUCAUAUAUGUGAAAGACCCUUACAUUGACAGUGACAGUGAGCAUGAGGAAGAGACACCUGAAGAUGAGAACCAGCCAAGUAAUGAAAGGAUUGAAGAGGACAUGCGCCCAGCAAUUGUGAAGGAGGAAACAAUUCAAGAGUCCAAGAAGGUGGCUGUGGCUGAUGAGUCGGAUGAUGAUAGGAACAGUGACAACGAUUUGCACAUGACGGGUGGAGAGAACAACUUUUUGAACUUCGAUUUGCUUGACUUGCUGAAUGAAAACGCCGCGGAGUUCAACCUCGAAUUGUCGAAGGCGCAGGUGGGCCGCCUGUUGUCCUCUGUUCGCAUCGCGGAUCGCCUGGAGGCUGCCAAGGACAUGGAUGGGCUGAUGGAGUUCUUGGAAUCCUUGCAAGCGGAAUCUGAGAAGAUGCUGGACGACACCGAGGCCACGGCGGAGUUCACCUGGAAAGGACUGGAGACCAAACGCCAAGACAUUGCCACUUUGGUCGGAGAGAGCAAUGCCAAAAUCCCCACGCUAAUGAAAGGAUUUAUGGAGAAGGUGGCGCAGUUUCGGCUGGAGACCAUGGACUCCUUGAGAGAAAAAUUUGCCAGAUCUGCCUACGACACGUUCUGGGAUGGUUUGCAAGACACCAUUGACCGCCAGUCCAUGCGAAGGAAAAGCCUGAUCGAUGAAGAGCAAUCAGUGGAACACUCUGCAGAAGUGGCAGCAGAGCAGCAGAAGCGGCUCAAGCGUGCUGCCACAGACGACGCGCCUGCCCCUGUCGGCGCGGGGGCGGUGGCGACCCAGAUCUUGGAGGCCAUUUCGCUCCAGCAGGAUGAGACCGCAUACCGGAAGACCAGGGUGGAGAUGGAGACAGGCAAAAGGCAGCAAUAUGCCAAUUUGAUGACCCUGGUCGAUUCGGGCGCCGAUGAUGCGGAGGAUGGAGGGUCUCGAAGUGGAUUGUCUGAAGCGGAGGUAGAGUUGCUAGCCAGGGUACGCUCGGAAGCUCGCAAAGAGGCAUGUGAGAAGGUGCUCAACACUGAGGAGGGGCGGCAGCUGGCAGAACGAGCUGGUGGGAAGGACUUCGAGGAUCCCGAGAAGAUCAUGAUCGACUGCCGUGAGUUGGAGCACAAGGCCAAAGAGCUGGGGAAGCAGCUUAAGACUUUAUCGACUUCGGAGCAGCGUCAGGAGGACUUGGCGAAGACGAUUUCCAUGAAAAAGACCCAGCUGGAGCGGAUCCUCAAGCGCAACGAGCGGCGCGCGCGGCUCAUGGAGCGCUUGGCGGGAAACGCACCAGCUGAUGAUUCUGACGAUGCACAGGGAGUUGACCCGGUGCCAAUGAUUCAAGAGUUGAUCAACAUGGCUCCAGCCAUGGAAGAAACCAUCUUGCAGAUGCGAACCGUGCUACAAAGCCUGCAGAAAGUCUUUCAUCAAGCCAAAGAUGAAGCGCUGAAUGAACGCAUGGAGGCAGCUGGAGUGAAGCCAGAUGACCUGUCGGCCUCCAAAGCAGAUGUGCUGCAAGAACGGCUACAAAAGAUGAAGAAAGAGUUUCAAUUCUUGGUCGAGGAGAAGGAAAGGCUAGAGGAGGAGCUCAAGCCCAAGACUACAAAACCUACCAAAGACUUGAAGCGAGGAAAAACAGAGAAGCAGAAGGAGAUGGAGGACGAAGCCCAGGAUGCUGCGAAGUUGGUGCUCGAGUGGUCGUCUUCAUGCCCGCAUCUGAAGUUUCUCAUCGACGCUGACGGCCAACCUCUGCUGAGCGAUGAGGUACCUGACCCAUCGGAGAUCAAAUCAGUGACCCAGUCAAAGCCGUACCUCACUGCCUUGACGAAGGCUUGUCAAAUGCUGGAGACUCACCGCGUGGCAUUGGCCAAGCGAUGUCGGCUCCUAGGUGGCGAGGUUGCGGAGGAGGAGGAGCCGGAUGACGGUGACACGCGCAGACGUCACGCUUUCUUGAAGGCUGAAACCGGACGUCCCGCGCCCUCCAGAGAGAAGGAAGAAAGAGAAAGAAGACAAGAGCCACAAGAAGGAUCCGGAGGUGGCAGAGGACGAGGAUCUGGAGGCGGAAGAGGAGGAUCUAGAGGUGGAAGAGAAGGGAGAGGACGAGGAGGAAGAGGAAACCUCGAUGCCGAAGUGGAGGCUCCAUUGGAUGAAACGCCUACCAGAUCAUCUCCAAUGCCGAUGACUAGGUCGGAAAGACUGCGCCGACAGGACAGAACGCCAAAGGCAGCUGCUCGGAAGCGGCGAAUCCAAAUCUUUGGGGCCUUGAGUCCAAUGCAGGCGGAUGUGACCGAUGAGGCCAAGGCAAGCGUCAUGGGCUUGCUGAACAUGGCCAAGGAGUUGGAGGAUCUGCGCAUCCAGACGCGACAUGUGGAGGUCCGCAUCCACCGCGCCAAGGCUGCCACAGACGGAAAAAGAUCCAGCCUGCUUCCAGGUGGUGAGGAUGAGGACGAUGGCAUUCCAGACGCAAAUCGCGAGUUGAGGAGAGAGGUACAGCGGAAGCAGAAGGAGCUGAAUGUGUUGCGAAAACGCUGGGCGGAGGAGCGUGGGGGCCGCGAAAAGGCCGUUCAGCGGCAAGGUGCCUUGGUGGGCGUGGCGGUGAGGCAACUGAUCAUGGGGAAGGAAGAGGCUCCUCCAACCGUCGAGUCAUCGUCCUCGUCCUCGUCAUCCUCAUCCUCCUCAGCCUCGGGGGAGGAUUAGACCCCUUGGCGAAACAAAGAUCCAGGCUGAUGGAUAUGUACAUAGAAAGUGCUCGGAGGAAGAAAGUCGUUGUCGACGGCGUGUUGGCCCGUAGGUUAGAAUUAGAAUUGAGAUCUUUAUACAUCUUAGCUGUUCUCGGAAACGCUCGUGUGUUUGGUUAAAGGUUGGCAGCACAACUUGUGUAGCCGCUGUAGCCCAGUAGAAUCACUGGCUUGAUAGGCCUAAGGCCCAUGAAUCCAGUGAUGCGCUCAGCCC